AUGGUGUAUAAUUUUGCGUUUACAAAAAGUAUUAGAAAAUGUCGGAAAUUUCGAUGUCAGAAUCAUCUCAUAAUUUUGAAACAGCGUCUGGAUCAAGAGCUCGAAGUCUUUCAAGGCUCCUUGCAAACGCUAAAAGUUGCUCAAAGUAAAUUUCAGGAGUCCGGAUCGUGCCUUGGUAAAAUUAAUCCUGCCAUGAAUGGCAAUGAAAUUCUUGUACCAUUGACUGGACCAAUGUAUGUUACUGGGAAAUUAGCGGAUACAAAUAAUGUAUUAGAGGACAUUGGAACAGGAUAUUUUGCCGAGAAGAGUGUCGCCGAAGCAAAAGAUUAUUUCGAUAGAAGAGUUGCUUAUGUUACGUUGCUUAUGUUACAUUAUGAUACACUUAACAGUACUGCGAGUAAGAUAAAUUAAU